AUGUCGUUGAAACAAGAUCGUCAAAAGAGGAAGAAAACGAAAAAGAAUGAUGAAGAGAUAAUGCUCGAGGCAAAAGAAGAGCAGAAACCACCAGUGACAGUCAAAUCCGACUCGAAGAAAGCAAAGAAACGAAAAAGAACUCUGGGAAGCACGAGUGCACCGCUGGUCGAACGCGUUGAGGUGGAUUCCGAUGAAAAGGCUUCCUUUGAGGAAUUCGAGCUUGACGAAUUGUUGUUGAAGGGCAUCAAACAUUUGGGCUGGGAACGACCAACACAAGUGCAAAAAUCAGUGAUCCCGUUGGCGUUGGAGAACAAGAACUUGCUGGUGCGUGGACGAACAGGCUCUGGGAAAACAGCUGCUUUUGUGCUGCCGACAUUGCAACGAGUCAUCAAUUUUAUUAAGGUAGCAACAAAUCGCUCGACCGGUCCAUUGGCAGUCUUCAUCGCUCCAACGAAAGAAUUGAGCUCGCAAAUCUUCACUCUGUUGACGUCUCUGAUUCGGCCGUUUCCCUAUCUGAGAAGUGUUCAUCUUACCGAAGUGAACGAGAACGAGAAAAGCGUCUGGGAAGAGGAUUGCUCGGAAUUUGUAGUGACGACGCCCGGUAAACUGAAGACGAUGCUGGAGAUUCGAAACGAUUUUUGCGAUCACGUGAAACAUGUAAUUCUUGAUGAAGCCGAUCUAUUGCUUUCGUAUGGUUAUCAAAUGGAGAUGAAAUACAUUCGAAGCCGAUUACCGCUCACUUAUCAGUGUAUUUUGACGUCAGCCACUUUGUCCGAUGAUAUGUCACCACUUAAAUCAAUGUUUAUGGCCGGGCCAGCUUUAACAAUUAAACUGAAGGAAGGCGACCUCCCCGACACGUCUCAACUCACGCAAUAUCAAUUACCGAUUGACAGCGAUGAGGAACGUUUCGCUAUUCUGAUCGCCAUGCUGAAGUUGAAGUUGAUCGUCGGGAAAUCGAUCAUUUUCGUGAAGAAUCCCGAUCGGUGUUAUCAGCUCAAUCUUUUCCUCCAUGCUUUCAAGAUCAAAUCGGGCAUUUUGAACUCGGCAAUGCCGGCGAAUUCGAGAUGCUUGGUGAUCGAUCAUUUCAAUCAUGGACUCUUUCAAAUAAUGAUCGCCUCGGAUGCGAAUCAUUUGUAUGAGGAAACGACUGGGGAGCAAGAGGAAGAUGAUGGAGCCACAAAGAAAAAGCAGCGCAAAUUGGACAAAGAAGCUGGUGUUUCACGGGGAAUCGAUUUCCACAACGUCUCCAAUGUGAUCAAUUUCGAUUUGCCGCGCACCGCCGACGCUUAUAUUCACCGAGUUGGAAGGACGGCUCGCGGUUGGAAUAAAGGCACAGCGCUCUCAUUCUAUGCACCAAACGAACUUGUCUACAUGGAGAAGAUCAAAGAAGAAAUAGAUAAAAUGAUGGGUGGUCAAGCAAUUCUUUUGUACGAGAUUCGCAAAAAGGAAAUCGACUCGUUUCUGCUAAGGGCAAGGGAAGCACUUGCCUCGUGCAGCAAAGGAGUGAUUCGAGAGGCUCGCCUCGCCGAGAUUCGCGAGGAAGCUUUGCGAUCGGCUAAGCUCAAGGGCUAUUUUGCGGCGAAUCCCCGCGAGAGGGACGUGUUGUCGACGGACAAACAAUUGCACACGUUGAAGAUCACUUGUCCUGCUUUGGGCGAUGUGCCCGAUUAUAUUGUGCCAAAAGCUCUGCGCGGUGUCGAUUACAACGCAGGUCAGAAAGUGAAACGACGAAAUCGUGGAAUUAAGGCAAACAGGGCUCAGGUCAAGAAACAACACGCAGUGAAACGAAGCAAAGAUCCGUUGGAGACGUUCUCCGUU